AUGUGUUCCUCUUUUCUUCUCCAGGAGACAGAGCGGGAGAGUCACAGUGAGCAGGAGCGUGUCCGAUCUCAGAUCCGGGAUUUAAGGGGACAGCAGACUCAACAAAGCAAAGAGCUGCAGAGAAAAGGCUCCAGCUCAGACAUGGUGCUGGAUCUGGAUCACCUGGGGAAGGACGAUGGCCCUGCAGCGCUGCUGAUCCAGCCUCAGAGAGAGGCUGAGAUCAGCGAGCCGGACCUCGUCCUGUCUCAUCGUCAGAGGUCCGACUCCUCAGCGUCAGACCGCAGUGCGACCUCUGGGCUCUCCAGGUCCAAUCUGGAUUCUGUGGCUUCAGAGAAGAGCGGGGGCUCAGCCUUCAGAGGCCGGCUGGACUCUGGAGCCUCGGACAGGAGCCAGAGUCCCUUCCAGAGAGGUCGGCUGGACUCUGGGGCUUCAGAGCGGAGCGUCGGCUCCCUGACCCACAUCAGGCAGAGACUGGGUUCAGAUGUCUCAGACUCCGGCGUCAGACCCCGUCUGGGCUCCGGGGCUUCAGACAGCGCUGGGCUUUUGUCACGGAAAAGGACGGACUCGGGGACAUCUGUUAGUGCGAGUGUGUCCUCUGAGGAGAGGGGUCCAGCAGAGGAUGUGGAGGUAUCCACGAGCGGUUCCACUUACAGCACAGAUUCAGAAGUUGAGAGCGUAAGUCAAGAUCCAGCCAGCCUUCAGGCUCCGUCCAAACAGGACAGCAUCAUCGACCAGGAGCAGCCGGAUGGAGCCGUCUUAUCCCGGAAAGAUCCUGCAAAUGGCCUGCUCAACGGCAGCAUCAAGGGAACAUUUGACUUCCAGAAAGAAAAGAUGACAAUAAACAGUGAUCUGCUCCUCAAUAAUGGCAAAGCAAAGGAUUCUGCACCUGAGAAGAAAGUGGUAUUGGAACAAUUCAACCGAACCAACUCUGUACGCGAUCGAAUGCGUAAAUUCACUGAAGCAACCCAGAGCGCAAACGUCCCAGCUCUGAGGAAAGCUCCUCUGAGGAACGGCACCUCCUCCGGCAGCAGCCAGGCGAAUCUGUCCAGAGCCACCGAGAUGUUUACACACACAGGAGCAUCCCUCAGCACAUCUGGAGACAGGCCAGAGAGGCCACGUGUGGACUCCACAUGUCACACCUCCGCAGCAUCCCAGAGUCAAGCCGUACCUCAGCCAAGAGGUGUGGCCAGUAAACCUCUGUCUUCAGCCGGCCAAUGGCAGAGCUCCGUAGGCGGGACGAGGCAUCCAGCAGAAAAAGAUGCGCAUGCCUCCAGUAACUCAAAGGAAGACGGGACCCCAGGGAGAGCAGCUGAGCAGCAGGUCACCCAGGGAGAGGCAGACCCCGACAUGAAGACUUUCCUCACUAUCGAGAUCAAGGGUGGGCGCACCACCUCCACCUCUACGUCCUCCCCCAGGGGCAACAUGGUGCCCAUCACCAACAUGACCCCACGCAUCACCACUAAUCCUCUGGGGCAGAGAGGAGAGUUGACCCUCGGCCUCAGAGCUACACCGUUCAAGAUCUCCUCAUCCAGCCUCUCCUCCGGAUCCUCCAUCAAGAUGAAGACAGAGCCCGUGGCCUCGGAGCCGGUGUCUGCAGCUGCAUCGUCUGCCAAGGUGGGGAGUCACGUCCCCACCAUCCCAAACGGCUCCAGCACUCAGGGCAAACCACACGAGCGCUCCGGAAAACUGACAGCCGACCAGCUGGCUGCUAUCGAGGACGAAGAGCUCCUUGACAAAAUGCUCGAUGAGUCGAAAGACUUUGAGGAGAGGAAGAUGAUCCGUGCAGCCAUGAGAGACCUUCGCAAGAGAAAGAGAGAGGCCAUGCUGGGAUGUACUCAAGAGGAAAUAGACCAGAGAGAAAAGGAGCGCGACAACCGUCUGCAGGAGAUCCGGCAGCAGAGGGAAGAGCGAGGGCAGAAAGGCCGUCCAGGCGUGGGAGCAGGAGAGGUGGGGAUGAGGAAGGUGGAGAAGUCCGCCGACGGCUCCAGCCUCAGCCAAGUCACCAAGACGGACCGCUUCGCUUCGUCUGAUGAUGGAAGCAGAUCUGUACGCAGCACUGUUGUUGAGUCCAGUUAUCUGCAGAAAACAGACAGAGGGACACUCCAGUCAAAGUCAUACAGCUUCAGCUCUUCAUCUUCCUCCUCCAACGCAAGCAAAAAAGUGGGCAGUGUGUUUGACCGCGAGGACGACACAUCGUCUCGCAGCGGCAGCAGUGGAUUGGCCGCGGUUGAGCGACUGCAGGCGGAGCGGCGCAAGGAGCUGAUGAGAGCUCAGAGUCUGCCCAAGACCUCGGCCAUGACCGCCCGCAAAGCCAUGAUAGAGAAGCUGGAGAAGGAGGGAGGCGGCCCUGGAAAUCAGGCGGUCGCCAAGGUAAACAAGGUCCAGCGCUCCACCAGCUUUGGUGUUCCCAACGCAAACUCCAUCAAGCAGAUGCUGCUCGACUGGUGCCGUGCCAAGACCCGCUCGUAUGAGCAUGUGGAUAUUCAGAACUUUUCAUCCAGCUGGAGUAACGGCAUGGCAUUUUGUGCCCUGGUGCACAAUUUUUUCCCUGAAUCCUUUGAAUUCGAGUCCCUGAGCCCGAGCAACCGCAGGCAAAACUUUGAGGUGGCCUUCAACACAGCAGAGACGUACGCCAACUGCAUGCCUCUGCUGGAGGUGGAGGACAUGAUGAUCAUGGGUAAUAAACCCGACUCCAAGUGUGUCUUCACCUACGUCCAGUCUCUGGUCAACCACCUGCGCAGAUACGAGAUGUCCAUGGGUCGGCCCUGUCCCCUCUGACCUCUGACCUGAGGGUGAAGCCUGGACGUGGCAUCAUGGACAAGUUGGGGAUUGUGCGUGUGUGUGUGCGUGCGUGUGUUUGUGUUCGUUUGCGUAUUAGCUUUGUUGGCAGUGGUGAUGUGUUUUCAUUAUUUCAUUAACACAAAGUCCGUCUUUUUACAGAAAGAGGGCGCCAAAGUUUUUAUAAGACUACCUUUUCAAAGCUUUAAAAAUGUAAUCUUUUUUUACUCUGCGUUGUACCAGGAACAUUUUAACAUGCAGAAGCCGUGUUACCACGCCAGUGUGCUACAAAAGAGAAAUCUUUGUAUAGUAUUUCCCCUUUAAGUUAUUUUUCACUAUCUCUCUGCCAUACUUUUGUAAUUAUAAACCUUGUUGGCAUUGCUUUAGGUCAUUCCACAAGAAGAAAAAUAUACCGUUGCGUUAUUUGGUUUUUAUCUCGGUACUUUUUAAUUGUUAAAACACUCUGGCUGCUUGAAGUAUUUGAAUUAAGUUAUUCUGAUGUUGAUGUAACAGUUAGCCUAUUACUAUUUAAUACAGAGGCACAGGGAAGUCCUUCAUUGUUCAAAUGGAUGCAGCAAGUAUGCAGUGAGUAAAUCUCACCUUUCUGAACUUUAAAGUGCUACUGAGAACAUGUUUAACACUAUUUGAACUUUUUAAAAGCCACCUGUAUAAUAUUAUUCUAACAGCGAGUAUAUUUGCGGUCAAACACGUUUUUUUUUAUUCAGGUAUAUAGAAAAAAGAGGAGUGGGCUGAGGUCAUUUGGCUGACUUGUAUAAUGACUUGAUUUUUUUUCACUGACGGCAUAUUUCGAAAAACAAAAUGUGUACAGCAGUGCUGCCUCACCCCAGCAUCACUGACUUACUGCCACACACACCCACACACUGCUCUUUUAGAGGGCUUCUUAUUUAUGCUCGAUUAGAUUUUGUUGAAAUAUACUAUUUUUAUUUUGUUAGUGUGUACAUCAUGCUUUGUUCAAAGCGUCGAUAAGCUCAAGCUAUUAGGAUGUUUUGUUGAACUAAUUGGGGUCACUUUUUGGACGAGUUAAAGGGCCUGAUGAAAGCCGGCUUUCUGUUUCAACGUGAGUUAUCAUGACUGAACAUAACUGCCAACUGUAUAUUUUACAACAUUAAGCUAAGGAAUUUUUUAAGGGUGAAAGACUUUUAUUACGCUUGUAAAAAAUUAAGAUGCCUUUAAUAAGAAAUUCUGAUUGUCUCAGAGCUUAACGAGCUUGAUGAAACGUAUUUCUUAAAGGUUUUCUUUUGUUUGGAGAAAUUAUUUGAGAUGAUUCCACCGCUGCCGAAUGAAAACAGAAUACCUUCCACGGUGCAGUGAGUGCUGUAAAUAAGAGCUUAAACACAUUAUAAUUUCAUGUUUCUGUGCACCACAGUCAAAUGUGAAUUGAAAUUAAACCAAUUUGAAAUGAA